AUGUUGUCACUUAAUGUCACUGCCUAUUCGGAUCCUUCCGGGUACCAAGUCUCUGAACUGGCCAAGCCCGAACUCAGUGAUCCCAAAGAUGUGAUCAUCAAGGUGCACGCAGCAAGUAUAAAUCCAAUUGAUGUCAAAAAAGCGGACGGGAUGCUCAAGCUGGCAGUCAAAGACACAUUUCCGUAUAAGAUUGGCUAUGACUGUGCCGGCGUGGUCACAGAGAUUGGAUCCGGGGUGAACCGUGUGAAGGUCGGAGAUGAAGUUUAUACCAGACUGCCAGAGGUUUCUCGAGGCUCUUGUAGUGAAUUCGUCAAAUGUGCUGAAAAUCACAUUGGACUAAAGCCACCGUCGAUGUCAUUCGAGGAAGCAGCUUCGUUACCUCUGGCUGCGAUGACUGCACUUCAGGCACUGAGGAAGUAUCGCGGAGAUCUUGCGGGAAAGACAGUAUUUGUGCCCGCUGGGUUGAGCGGAACAGGACUCUUCGCGUGCCAACUCGCCAAGAAUGUCUUUCAUGCAGGCAAGGUUAUUACCACUGUGUCAACUUCUAAAAUCCCAAAAGUCAAGGAGCUUUUGGGCGAAGACACCGUCGAUGAAAUUAUUGACUACACAAAAUCAAAUCCCGGGCAAGUGAUAGAAGCCGGGUCUGUUGAUUUCCUUUUCGACACCGUCGGCUCUUCCAUGGAGUUUCUCAGCCUGAUGAAACCACAGUCCGGAUGCAUCAUAUCGGUUGCAACUAUGCCGUCAGGAACACAGCUCCAGGAAUCAUCGAUCCUGGAUCUACCGCACAAGCCAACAAUUCCGUUCGUAUUCAAGACAGCGCUCAAUAUGAUGGAUUGUGUUCGUAAGCUACGAGCUCGGCGGUACGGUGUGGAGUAUUCAUACAUGUUCUUGGCAUCAACUGGUCAGGAUCUGGAUGAGCUGAGAACGUAUGUUGAAGAGGGCAAAUUGAGGACAGUUGUAGGAACUACUGCUCAGUUCUCUGAUCUGAAGGCGGUGCGGGAUGGAUGCCAGAUUGUUUACAGCGGAAAGGGCGGACUUGGGAAGAUUGUCAUCAAGAUUGCGCAAGGAUGA